AUGUGCUCACCCUCUGUCUUGUUUGUCUUCCAGGCUCGGAAUGUCACCACAGGGGAGCUAGCGGCCAUCAAGGUCAUCAAACUGGAGCCCGGGGAGGACUUUGCGGUGGUGCAGCAGGAAAUCGUCAUGAUGAAGGACUGCAAGCACUCUAACAUCGUGGCCUACUUUGGCAGUUACUUAAGGAGAGAUAAAUUAUGGAUAUGUAUGGAAUAUUGCGGGGGAGGGUCCCUACAAGACCUAUAUCAUGUGACGGGGCCUCUCACAGAAUCACAAAUAGCCUACGUUUCUCGAGAAACUCUUCAGGGUCUCUAUUAUCUACACAACAAAGGCAAAAUGCACAGAGACAUAAAGGGAGCAAACAUACUGUUGACAGACAACGGGUACGUCAAACUAGCUGACUUCGGCGUCUCGGCCCAAAUCACGAUGACCAUUGCCAAGAGAAAAUCCUUCAUCGGCACACCUUACUGGAUGGCACCCGAGGUGGCAGCCGUGGAGAGGAAGGGUGGGUACAACCACCUGUGCGACAUCUGGGCUGUGGGCAUCACCGCCAUCGAGCUGGCAGAGCUGCAGCCGCCCAUGUUCGACCUUCACCCGAUGAGAGCCCUGUUUUUGAUGACCAAAAGUAACUUCCAGCCGCCCAAGUUGAAAGACAAGGUGAAGUGGACCAGUAAUUUUCAUCAUUUUGUAAAAAUAUCAUUGACGAAAAAUCCAAAGAAAAGGCCCUCCUCUGACAAGCUGUUGCAGCAUCCCUUUGUCUCGCAACCCCUGAGUCGCACGCUGGCCAUCGAGCUCUUGGACAAGGCCAGCAACCCGGACCACUCCUCCUACGACGACCACUUAGAUGACGAGCCCGAGGAGCCUGAGGAGCCCCAUGUAUCAGUGCCGCAUCGGAUUCGCUCUGGGAACACACGAGAAGGGAAGACCCUCUCUGAGAUAAACUUCGAUCAAGUCAAGUUUGAUCCCCCGCUUAGGAAGGAGACUGAACCUCAUCACGAACCAGCACCCGACUCUGAUGAUUUUUUGGACUGUGUGGAAGAACAAUACUACACUGCAAGAUCUAACAUGGACUUGCAGAUGGAUUAUGAAGAGGGAUCUCCCAAAAGCUCCUUCUUGGGAGGGCAUAAGAGUCUUCUGAAAUCGGUGGAGGAGGAGCUAAACCAGAGGGGACACGAGACUCAUUUAGAUGAUGAUGGUGGUGGUGAUGACGAUUGUGGUGAUGAUGAUGGUGGUGACCAUGAUGAUGAAAUGCAACAUGCCAAGGGCUCCACAAUGCGACCCAAAGAGCCUCCACCACCGCCUCCCAACGUCAAGCCCAUCCCCAUUCCACAGGAUGGUGCCAACUCCCACGCUCACCAUGGCUCCCCCACUCACCAUGGCUCCCCCGGUCUCUACGGCUCCCCCGGUGACCAUGACGACCACGGGGGGACCAUAAAGCGUUGUCCAGCCGCCGAGAGCCCCGCCCGCUCUGCCACCCAUGUGCCGCCCAGGCCGCCGCCCCCCAGACUCCCCCCGCACAAGCAGCUUAGCUUAGGCAAUGGGUUCAGCCCGUCAGAAGUGACCGGGGAUGCUGGUGGUGCCGAGAAGCAGUCUACUAUGCCACCUAGUGUCACCACGAGGAAGGACAGGAAAGCGAUUCCGAAACCAAUCAGUAAUGGCCUUCCCCCCACGCCAAAAGUCCACAUGGGUGCCUGUUUCUCCAAAGUCUUCAAUGGCUGCCCUCUAAAGAUCCACUGUGCGGCGUCUUGGAUCAACCCCGACACGAGAGACCAAUACCUGCUAUUCGGCGCCGAAGAGGGCAUUUACACUUUAAAUCUCAACGAGCUGCAUGACUCCUCCAUGGAACAGCUCUUUCCCCGGAGGUGUACCUGGCUUUAUGUCAUGAGUAAUAGUUUGCUCUCCAUAUCUGGAAAAGCCUCGCAGCUCUACUGUCACAAUCUGGCGGGUCUGUAUGAGCACGCUCGACAGAUGCAGAAGCUGCCAAUGGCCAUCCCCACCCACCGGCUCCCAGACAAAAUCAUUCCAAGGAAAUUUUCCAUCUCCAAUAAGAUUCCCGACACCAAGGGAUGUCAGAAGUGCUGUGUGGUGAGAAAUCCUUACACGGGCCACAAGUACUUGUGUGGGGCCUUCCAAUCCAGUGUGGUCAUGUUGGAAUGGGUGGAGCCCAUGCAGAAGUUCAUGCUCAUCAAGAACAUUGACUUUCCCCUGCCCUGCCCGAUGGAGGUGUUUGAGAUGCUUGUGGUGCCCGAGCACCAGUACCCCCUCAUCUGUAUGGGCGUCAGCAAGGGCACGGAGCUCAACCAGGUGGUAGGCUUUGAGACACUGGACCCCAACACCGCUUGCCCCUGGCUCAAAGAGUCCGACACUCCACAGACCUGUGUUAUCCAUGUUACUCAACUGGAAAGAGACACCAUUCUUGUCUGCCUGGAUCGAUCCAUUAAGAUUGUAAAUCUGCAGGGGAGGCUGAAGUCCAGUAGAAAGCUUUCAGCCGAGCUGACGUUUAAUUUUCAGAUUGAGUCGAUAGUCUGCCUUCAAGACAGUGUUCUGGCUUUCUGGAGACAUGGCAUGCAAGGACGGAGUUUCAAAUCUAAUGAGAUUACACAGGAGAUUUCCGACAACAGCAGGAUAUUCCGACUCCUAGGAUCAGACAGGGUUGUGGUGCUGGAGAGCAGACCCACAGACAACCCUACAGCGCACAGCAACCUAUACAUCCUGGCUGGACACGAGAACAGUUACUAAUCACCCUGUGCCCUGGGAACCAGGGUCCUGUUCAGUAGGCACACAACUUUCUGAAACGGAGUGAUACAGGGAUGUACUAUCUGAACCUGUCCAAUAAGAAACCUUCGUUUUCAUUGUCGGUUACAAAACAUUUUCCAUUGUAUGCCUUAAUGAACAUGGCCCAGGGUUGGUUUCAGUUACAUUUUAAGAGAUUAUGAAUCUGAAUUAAAUUCAGUCAUUAAAAAUUGCAAUUAGGUUUGGAAUUGGAAUUCAUGUCCUGAAAUGAAACUAUGGAACUGACCCCAUCCCUGAUGGGAACAGAAUAUGAUGAGGAGGACAUGUCUGCCUCUGCAUCUGAGACCAAGGAGUUGCAAUCGGACCAUUCAUCGAGCAAGCGACCUUGGAUGUGUCCUGUUUUUAAUUUAAUCUUAUGAUUUUAAUUGAAAGUCGACAUUUAUAGUAACACAAACCCACAUUCCUGGAUAUCACACUAUUUCAGUAUUGACCAACUACUGAGAGCAUGCAACCUUCUCUAACAAGUGCUUGACAGAUGUGUUUGUAAUUAAUGUAAAUAGUAUAUUGAGGUUGUACACUGAGUAUGUCAUGUAGAUAACCGUGCUGCAUAUAUUUUGUACAGUUGCCCCCCAACUUUGAGAGAUAUAAAGAGUUGUUGCCUAAUCAAUGCGGGGUACUACUUUUAAGGGCUUGUCAAGCAAUAUAAUUUUACAAAACGUAGUGGUAGGACAUCAAAGAGCACAGUGGCUGUUCAUUUUUAUCAUGAGUUGCCUUUUUUUUUAUAUGUUAGACUCAUUUUGAUAUGAAGCCAUAUGCAAUGUCAUAUUCUUUUCACACACUUUAAUUCUAACCCCAUAGAAAGUUGUCAAUGCUCAGAUAUGCACUGGCUGUGAAAUUUGCACAUAGUUGUACGCAAUAAAACACUUUAUUCGUACAUUUAAGGUAUGGUUAGGUUGUGCUUAUAGUAUUUGCAUGAGUGCAUAAGAAUACAUCAUACUAUACACUUCAGAUGUAAACUCAGACAAAUUUAACCAAGCAAUAUAAGGUUUCUUUUUGACAUACAAGGCAAGCUCUUGUUAAAACUGCAGUCAAAUUGAAGAGAAUCUUGGCAAUUGUACCAUCUUAGAAUCCCUUUCCUUAUGGUGGCCAAUGAGUUGAAUGCUGAAUGUUUGCCAAAUUGCAUUGUUCAUAUUCUUUGUUAUGGUGUUUGGGCGUCAUAGUAAGACCUCUACCUCGUGCAUUGGGGAGUCAGUGGGAAUAUGUAGGGCCAAAUUGAACAUGUAACACUAAAUGUUGGUUGUUGACUCCAUGUAGCAUGCACAACUAAAGGAGGGUAUGAUGAAGUAUAAGGAUCUUCUCACUUGGUUUCUUUCCAUAUUGCUUUUGUGUCAUGUAAAUACAGUAAAAUAAAAUGGCUUAAUUGUGCCUGUACAACUGCCAAUAUUUGGAUAACUUACAUAUUAAACAUUUUAACUCACGAUGGGCUAAAUUGAUUGACUGAUGAGCCAUAGGAAGCCUGUUUUUUUUAUCCUACAUUUUUGACGGUAUGAUGAAGUAUAAGGAUCUUCUCACUUGGUUUCUUUCAAUAUUGUUUUUGUUUCAUGUAAAUACUGUAAAAUAAAAUUGCUUAAUUUUGCCUGUACAACUGCCUACUUUUGGACAUGUUACAUAUUAAAAUGUUUAACUCAU